AUGAAAGCACUCACAUACCAGGGUCCUAACAACCCGCCACAACUCAACGACCUCCCCAAACCUGAGGUGCAGAAUCCAACAGAUGCAGUCAUUAAGCUCAAAUUCUCGACAAUCUGCGGCACCGAUCUGCAUAUCCUGAAGGGUGACGUCCCCACAAUUCCCGCGGGGCGGAUCCUAGGCCAUGAGGGAGUCGGCACGGUGGCUUCUGUUGGAGCAGGUGUAACGAAUUUUAAAGAGGGGGAUCCGGUACUGAUAUCUUGUAUCAGUAGCUGCGGAACCUGUGAGUACUGCAAAAGAGGCAUGUAUAGCCAUUGCGUGACCGGGGGUUGGAGUCUAGGGAAUAAGAUCGAUGGGACGCAAGCCGAGUUCGUAAGAAUCCCUAACGCGGAGAAUAGUUUGUAUAAAGUUCCUGCUGGGGUGGAUGAGCAAGCGUUGGUCAUGUUAUCUGAUAUCUUCCCCACGGGUCUCGAAUGCGGCGUUCUGAACGCCAAAGUCUCCCCUGGUUCAACCGUCGCGAUUGUUGGUGCCGGACCCGUCGGCCUCGCUGCUUUGAUAACAGCCCAGUUGUACAGUCCGAGUACGAUUGUUAUGAUCGAUCCGGAUGAGAAUAGACUGGUGGUUGCGAAAGGCCUUGGGGCUACACAUACCGCUACUCCGGAUAAAGCCGCGGACGUUGUGAAUGGGGCUACAGAGGGAAAGGGCUGCGAUGCCGUGCUUGAAGCCGUCGGCAUUCCGGAAACGUUUCAUCAGUGUCAGGAGCUUGUUGCGCCGGGUGGGACGAUUGCGAAUGUUGGUGUGCAUGGCGUGAAGGCGGAUCUGCAUCUGGAAAAUCUCUGGGAUAAGAAUAUUGCGAUUACCACGAGGCUUGUGGAUACGACGACCACGCCAAUGUUGCUGAAACUGCUAGCAGCGAAGAAGCUACCAGCGGAGAAGCUGAUUACGCAUAGAUUCAAGUUUGCGGAUAUGUUAAAGGCGUAUGACACGUUCGGGAAGGCAAGUCAGGAGAAGGCAUUAAAGGUUUUGAUUGAGAUGUAG